ACUCGCCACCAGACGCGAGUCGAUGUAACGGCCAUCAGAAAACAUAUGACCCUGCAUGUGACGCUGUCGCUGUUUUUGAGUGCGUAUAUGAAAGUGCUUUCAUUGUGACAGUCACUUGCAGUUGCUCGUUGUCGCUUGUUUUCCUGGAAUAUGCGCGUAUACUUUGUCGGCUAAAAAAGCAUAACGUUUCGAGGAUAGAAAAUUUAAUUGAUAAAACGUCAUUGACAAUAUCAUCCUUAUUACGCCGCUCUCUCUUAGCUUAUGUAUAUUAUAUACGUUAGUGUCGAAAUUAGUAUUCGAGAGAUAAUUGGUCAACCUUCUAAAGGAAGCGAUCACUGACGAAAAGUGUUCCAAAAUUUAUAACGAUGAGCGACGAUCAGAUAAACGAGCAGAGUCCGACUGCAGAGUUGUCAUCGAGUGACAUAGAAAAGUUGGAAGAAGCAAAGUUAAAAGCAAAAUUCCCAAAUGCAGCUCGACCAUUUGGUGGUCAUUCUGCAUUUCUGCAAAAAAGGCUAGCCAAAGGACAAAAAUAUUUUGAUUCCGGGGAUUAUCAAAUGGCGAAACAGAAAUCUACAGCUAAGCCAAAGCCAGCUGGUGUUCUGCCAACAGGAGACGCUAUACCAACACCAGAAACAGUACCACAACGAAAAACAUCUAUCAUACAACAAAAAUUUAAUACAUCAACAUCAUAAGAUAAGAGUGUCAUUUUUUAAACUAUAUUUUGUUAAUUAGUCUUAUAUUUGGAUGCUAAAGUAAUAUGGUUCCUUAUAAAUAAUUGAAGAUUUAAACAGUUUCAUGUUUGAACAAUUUAUUUUAAAAAGCUUUCCUGAAUUAUUUUAUACACAUAGUACCAUAAAAUUCUUGUGUCUUUAGCAAAUUGAUUACUUCCUAGUUGCUUAUUCUUAAAAGAGCAUCUGUAAUAUUACAAUAAAAAUGAUGUUCUUUAUAUGUGCCACAGUGAUAUCUAAAUUUAAUAAUGUAUGUGAGUAAAUAGGUUACAUAUAUUAUUUCU